UGGCUGCUGCGGCCAGGCUGGGCCGGGGACUGCGCUGGGCUCCCUGCUAUGGGCCGCCGUGGGAGUCGCGGGCCGGAGGGAGGCUGCUGUGCCCGGCCAGCUGCGGACGGGGCGCGCCGGCGGUGGCGGCUGCCUCGAGCCGGCCAGGCGCUGGAGAAGAGACGCGCUACUGCGUGGAGCUGGAAACGUGAUUAUGAAGGCUUCCUCUGUUCGUUAUUAUUGCCAACAGAGUCCCGUUCUUCUGUUUUUGCUUUAAGGGCUUUCAAUGUAGAACUGGCUCAGGUUAAAGACUCAGUAACUCAGAAGACCAUCGGGUUGAUGAGAAUAGAGUUUUGGAGGAAAGCUGUGGAAGACAUAUAUCAUGACAAAGCUCCACAACAGCCCAUUGCUAGAGAGCUGUGGAAGGCUAUCAAGAGACAAAACUUGACCAAAAGGUGGCUCAUGAAGAUUAUUGAUGAACGGGAAAAAAAUUUGGAUGACAGAGCAUAUCGGGAUAUCAGUGAACUGGAAGCAUAUGCAGAAAACACUCAAAGCACUCUGCUUUAUCUCACGCUGGAAACACUUGGUGUGAAGGAUGUCCACACUGACCAUGCUGCCAGUCACGUUGGGAAGGCACAAGGCAUUGUAACCUGCUUAAGAGCAACUCCAUACCAUGCCAGCAGAGGAAAGGUGUUCCUGCCUAUGGAUAUAUGUAUGCUGCACAAUGUUUCGCAAGAGGAUUUCAUAAGACAUAAUCAGGAGCAAAAAGUGAAAGACGUUAUAUAUGACAUUGCCAGUCAGGCGCACGUUCAUCUGGAGCAUGCCCGGUCCUUCAAAAAGAAUGUUCCUGUUAAAGCAUUUCCUGCCUUUCUUUACACAGUUGCUCUUGAGGAUUAUUUAAAUAAAAUACAGAAAGUUGAUUUCAAUAUAUUUCAUCCAAGUUUGCACAGGAAGAGUACUUUACUACCUCUACAUUUGUAUAUUAGAUCCUGGAAAAAAACAUAUUAAAGCAUGUUUGAUCA